AUGACUGAAGGCGACAAGAACUUCUACUUCAAUGCUGAAAGACUUAAUGUCAAACAGACCAGUCUCAAGUUGAUCAACAAACUGGCUAAAGGAAAUAAGUACAACGAAGUUCCACUUAUUGUUACUCCUUUUAUGUCAGAGAGGUUCAAUGCUCAAAUUGUUCCUUAUCAAGUUCAAGUGGCUCAACAACAACAACAUCAACAACAACAGCAACAAGACCAGCAACUUCAACUUCAACUCCAACAACCACCUCAACCUCAAGAUCAACAACAACAACAACAAUCACCACAUCAUACCCCUGAACAAUCACCAGUUCAAUCACCAAUCCCCCAACGACAAUUUCCAUCAUAUGAAGAUGAGCCUCUACCAUUUGACUUCUUUGAAGCUCAACCAUCUUCAUCUGCACCCACACAACCUACUGCUCAACCACAAUACUCUCCACCAAGUCAAUCAACCUCACAACCACUGCCAUCAGAUUCUGCUAUCGAUCCUGAUCUUCAGGCAUUCAGAGAUGACUUACAGCCUGCCAGCAAUGAACCUGACAACACACAGGUUCAUAACCCUGCUGAUGAUUCAUUUCAGCCAACUGUCUCUUCUCCAAACACUUCAACCAACACUACUUCAAAACCUGUUAAGAAGGUUGCCAGAAAGAGGAGUUUAAGUAGUUUGAUGGAUCAACCCGCAGCUCUGUCUUCUCAAAAGAAACAAAGAGGAACAUUGGUAGUAUACACUGGUACAGCUGGAGCUAUGAGUGAACCGAGAGAUGAAAGGCAAACACCGAGCGAUACACAUGCACGUGAGGCUAGUGAAACAGCUUUGAGUGUACGUGAGGAAGACAAUUAUGAUGCCUUUCCUAAGGAAAUGGAUGAUGAUGAUGUGUUUGAUGCCACUUACUGCCAAAAUCAUGAAGAUGGUGCAUUUGAUGAAGCUUAUGUGUUCCAGACUGAAGAGGAAGUUGUGGAUCAAGAACAUGAGGAGCUUGUGAGAAAGUUUAAGCAGGAGAAUGAAGCUAGAAAGAGAAAGCUCAGGGACUUUCAAAAGCUUCUGGAGGACAAGCUCAUUACUGAAGAGGAAAUCAAGAAGGAAAAGCAAAAGAUCUAUGAUGCUGCAUGUGUGCAGAAGAAUCUUGAUGUGAAACAUAAAGUAUAUACAUAA